AUGAAAAAUGAUAAUAACAUUGUUUAUAAAAAUAACUCUUGGAGCAUAUAUAAUAAUAAAUUAAAUGCAUUUUCUAAUAAAAAGAAAAGUCGUGUAGAAUAUUUAACUUUAUUAGGAAAAGGAAAGCUGUUUGAAGAAGAAAAUAGAGAAAAUGUAGAUAAAAGAAAUGAAGUUACUGAUAUGUAUAUUUAUACAGGAAAGGGAGUUGAAAAAGUUUCAAUUAAUACGACUGUAAAAGAUAAAAAAAAUGAAGCAAACAAAAAUAAUCGUUAUAAAUAUUUAAAAGAAAAAAUAACUAAUGUUGUAAAGAAUCAAGAAAAAUUAAAAAAAAGUAUAGAAGAAAAUAAUAAUACCAAUAUUGAAGGAAAUGAUACAAAUGAUGUUUUUAUUUUUGAUAAAAAUAAAAAUAUUAUUAAAGCUUUGAGUAAUACUGACAUGGAUAAAAUAGAAAUUAAUAAUAACAUGGAAAAAAGUACAAAAGAUAACAAUUCUGAAACAAGUAAUUUAAAAAAAGAACAAACUGUUAGUAAAUUAGACAACAAAACAAGUAGCAAAUUAAAUUAUGAAAUGAUUAAUGAACAUAAUAAUAAUAUAUUUGAUCAAAAAAUUAAUCCAAAAAUUAAUCAAAUAAAUAUGCAAAUAAAUUAUCCAAAGAGUUCCCAUCAAAUAGGCACUCAAAAAAAGAACGAAAUAAAUAAACAGAUAAAUUAUCAAAAAGAUUAUCAAAUUAUUGAUCACAUACCUCAUCAAAAAAAUAGUCAAAUGAUAAAUCACCAAGCCAAUCAAAUAAUUUAUCAGAAAAACAAUCAAUUGUAUUAUAAUACAAAUAAUGAAACCAAUAAAAUGAAUACAAUAAAUUAUAAAAAAAAUGAAAAAUUAUAUAAUAUAAUUAAUGAAAUGAAUAUUUUAAAUAGUCAUAUUAGUAACUUAAAGAAUAAAAUAAAUAUGAUAAAUAAUAAAAAAAAUGGGAAAAUAAAUCAUAUAAAUAAUAAAAUAAAUCUCAUGAACAAUAAGAUAAAUGAUCAAACAAAUAAUAUAAAUAAUCAAAUAAAUAGUAUAAAUAAUCAAAUAUUUAUUUUAUGUAAUGAAAAAAUUAAUAAGAUGUACAAUCAAAUAUAUGAUCAUAUAAAAAAUUUAAAUUAUAAAGUAAAUAAUAAAUUAAAGAAUUUAAUAAAUAAUCAAGUGAAUAAUCAUAUUAAUGCCCAAAUAAGUAAUCAAAUAUCCAAUCAAAUAAAUAAUAUAAAAAGUCAAAUAAAUAAUUUAAAUGAUCAAGUAAAUAGUUAUGUGUAUAUUCAAAAGAGCAAUCAUAUGUUUAAUCAAAUAAAUAAUCAGAUAAAUAACCUUAGUAAUCAAAUAGAUAAUCAAAUAAAUUGUUUAAAUAAUAAAAAAAUUAAUCAAAGAAUAGAUGAAAGUAAAAAUGAAAGUACAGUCAUAGAUGAAAUAGACGAUGAUAAAAAUAUAUUUUUAAAAAUAAAAAAAGUUGAGAAGUCGGAUAAAGAUAUUGAAAGUAUGAAUGAUUCAUUUAUUCAUAAUGAAUAUUGUUCAUUAUCAAACCUAAAUGAUAGUCAAAUAAAUUUUUCUAGUUUUUAUGAGAAGAAAUAUAUUAAUGAUGAAAAGUUUAAAGAUAUCUUAAAGAAUAAUAAAAAUACAAAUUUUAAAAAUCGUUCAUAUACUAAUAAAAAUAAUAUGAAACUUUUAAGUGAAAAUAGUUCUACUUCAGAUAAUUAUUUUGUAAAUCCAGAUAUGAUAAAAAAAAAAUUAUUUAAUAAAAUGGAAAAUGGAAUUAAAAUAAAUUAUAAUGAUAAAAGGAUUGAAAAAAAAAAAGAGUUAAAAUAUCAGUAUUAUACAAAAGAAAAUAAAUUAAAUAAUAAAUUUCAUAAUAAUAAAAGUAAUAAACAUAUUAAUUACUCUAAAAAUAAACCCAUAAAAUAUAUUAAUAAAAGCAGUAGUAAUCAUAGAGAUAAUUAUAAAAAUUGUUAUAAAGAUUAUAAUACAUAUGUUAACAAAGGUUUAUUAAUUAAUGAUAAAAAAGAUGAUAAUUCAAGAAAUGAACUCAUACAUUUUGAAGUAGAAAAAGAGGUGGAUGAUAAAAAUGAAGUUGAAAAUGAAAUUGAAAGUGAAAUUGAAAGUGAAAUUGAAAGUGAAAUUGAAAGUGAAAUUGAAAGUGAAAUUGAAAGUGAGGAUGAGAAUGAAAAUGAGAAUGAGAGUGAGAAUGAGAAUGAAAAUGAGAAUGAGAGUGAGAAUGAGAAUGAGAAUGAGAAUGAUAAUGAUAAUGAGAAUGAGAAUGAUAAUGAGAAUGAGAAUGAGAAUGAAAAUGAGAAUGAGAGUGAGAAUGAGAAUGAGAAUGAGAAUGAAAGUGAAAGUGAAAGUGAAAGUGAAAAUGAAAUUGAAAGUGAAAGUGAAAAUGAAAUUGAAAAUGAAAGUGAAAAUGAAAAUGAAAGUGAAAAUGAAAGUGAAAAUGAAAAUGAAAAUGAAAGUGAAAAUGAAAAUGAAAGUGAAAAUGAAAAUGAAAGUGAAAAUGAAAAUGAAAACGAAAAAGAAUAUGAAAAUAAAAAAAAAGUAAAUAAAUAUGUCAUAGAGGGUGAUAAUGAAAAUAAAGUUGAUAAAGACAAAGAAAAUUUAUAUAAUGAUAAAAAGUUAAUAUAUUUAAAAAAUAAAUUGAUACAAUUUAAUAAAUUAAAAUUAAAGCAAAGAUUAAAAAAUACAGAAGACAAAGUUAAUAAAUAUACGAUGGAAUAUAAUGAAAAUGAAGAGAAAGAGAAUUUUAAUAAAGAAGAAUUAUAUUUAAAAAAAAAGAGAAAUAAUGAAAUUUCAUUUAAUAAUAUUAAAAAUUUGAAAAAUAUGAAAAAUGUAAAAUGUUGUGAUAAUAAUGAUGAUAAUGAAAAUCUUGUUAAAAGUGUAACUAACUAUGAUAAUAAUGAGAAGCAUAAUCUACUUUAUAAAGAACUAGAUGAACUAUUAUUGGAUAAAAAAACGGUGAGUCAUGAUAUUAUAAAAAAAAAUAUAUUUGAAAAUGGUAAAAAUAACAUUAAUAAUGAACAAUAUAAUAAUUUUUUAGAAAAUGAUAAAAUUAUAUCCAGUAAUGAAUAUAAUAUAAAAAAUAAUGAUUUUUUUUCAAUGUUUAAAAAACUAAUUCAUAACAAUGAUGAAAAAAAUGAUUGCAAAAAUGAUAAUUAUAAUAACAAUAUUUAUAAAAGAAAAAUGAAUGAAAAUUUUCAUUUAAAUAAAAAAAUUCAUAUAUAUGAUGAUGAAAAUAAGAAAAAACAAGAAAAUGAAGAAAAUGAAGAAAAUGUAGAAAAACCAAAAGACUUUUUUUUUGUAAGAAAUGAUAUAAAGUAUAUAAAUAACAUAGAAAAUUAUGGCUAUAGUAAUAAAAGCGUAAUAGAAAACAGUACUGUGGAGAAUAAUAAGUGUAAGAAAUUAAACACAUAUCAAAAUACAAAAAAAUUUGAAAAAAAUAAAGAUACGGUAAAUCUAGAUGCAACAAAUCCACUUACAUUAGACAAUAUUUAUAAUUAUACCGUUUUUUUUUAUAAUAAAAUAAAUGAAGAUAAAAAUAAAUUGGAUGUAUAUAAUAAUAAUUCAUCAAAAAAAAAUUUAAAGGAUAGAAAUAUUUAUGAUAAAUCAUUAAUUAAAGAUAAUUUAAAAAAAAAAUAUAACUUUUUAAAGGUUAAAAAGGAAGUUUUAAAAAAUUUAUGA